GCUAGACGGUUGAAAGGAGUUGGUUUGAAUCCCUGGCAAAGGUGUGUUCAGCAGUCAGCGUAGCGGUAGAGGCGCAAUAGAAUGAAAAGCUUUUCCAUUGAGUUAGUUGCUGCUGAACGGCGGACAUUUCGUUUCGAGAAAUCAGAGCGAAAGAAAGAGAAGGGGUGUCCGCCCAGCCUAUUCAGUCUGAGAAUGACCGACGGCCCGUUCGUGUACGGUAUCGAGCUGAGGGAUCCACCGACGGCCCCAACCGAACUCACCCAGUACGACCUGUUGUUCGGUCCGGGCAGUCUCCUCUACCGUCCGCCCAACAGCAUGGCCGGCGACUACGGUGACGAGCUGUACGGUACCAACCUGUCGCUUGCGCUUGGCGAGCUGCUCCGAGACAACAUUUCCGCCACUGUGGUCGGCACCCACAACCUGUCCGGGAACGGGCGCAGUGCGGCCGGUAAUCUGCCGCCAGCCACCGGAACGGGCACGGCCGGUUCGCGCGGCGGCGACGGCACGUUCCAGAAUCAGCUCAUCAUCCCCCUGUACGCCAUUAUCUUCUUGCUGUCGGUCGUCGGCAAUCUGCUGGUAAUUUUAACGCUCGCCCAAAACAAACGGAUGCGCACGGUCACCAACGUAUAUCUGCUGAAUCUGGCAAUUUCCGAUCUGCUGCUCGGUGUCUUCUGCAUGCCGUUUACACUCGCCGGCCAGGUGCUGCGGAGGUUCGUCUUCGGUAGCGUCAUGUGCAAAUUAAUACCAUAUUUCCAAGCCGUCUCGGUGUCGGUGGCGGUCUGGACGUUGGUGGCGAUCUCGCUUGAGCGCUACUUUGCCAUCUGUCGGCCGCUGUCAUCCCGCCGGUGGCAGACCCAGUUUCAUGCUUACAAAAUGAUCGGCCUGGUGUGGACGGUCAGUUUUCUCGCGAACUCACCGCUCGGGUACGUGCAGCGACUGCUGCCAGUCGGCCGCAGCACCGGCCAGAUGAAGUGCCGGGAAGAGUGGCCCAGCCCGGCUUGGGAAAAGGCGUACGUGCUGUUUCACGACGUCGGGCUGCUGUUUCUGCCCCUGCUCACCAUGGGAUUCGCCUACUCGAUGAUCGUCUCGAAGCUGUGGCGCGGACUCCGACACGAGAUCAAACAUUCUUCGCUGUACCAGCAGACGAGCCGGCAGCACGGUACGGGCGGCCAGGGCAGCAGCGUCGGGGGAGCUCCCACUGGUGCCGCGGCUGGCAGUGUGGGGACUGCCAGUGGGGAGCAGCACUGCACAGGCGAUACGGGCAAGCCACCGAAGCCGCCCGGUGGUAAGCGGCACGAGCCGGGGUUCGUGCUAACGUCCAGCCUGAAGAAGGCACCGUUCAAAUCGUGUACAGCGGUCGUUAACUUUGCCAGCAACAACAACACGAUCAACAAAAGCAACUUCAGCGGUGCUGGAAGCGGCAGCUCGAGCAAUGGUGCCGGUAGCAGCGGCUCGAGCAAUGGCAGCAACGGUGGUGGAUGCAACGGUUCCGGGGCGGACCAGCGAACGCACUACUGUGGUGGGGCCGGAUGCGAAACCAGGCCCGGAAGACUUCGAGGUUUUCGCCAUUUCUUCGCCAAGCAGCACCACCAGCACGUUGGACUCUGUCGGAAUCAGCGCUACCAGCGCAGCAGCACCGCCGCCGCGCCGGAAGGUCUGCCCGAGCUGGCCGAGACGAAGUUCGACGAAAGUGCGUCGGUCGGGCAGCAGCACCCGUACCACCACUGCCACUGUCAUCAUGCGCACGGAUAUCAUCAUCACCAUCAUCGGCUGCCGACCAGCACCAUCGUGAAGAGUACGCAGCAGGACGCCAAGCACGAGAUCGUGCUCGGUACGGGCGAACCAGGACCGGGGCUCGAACCAGCCGGUGACGCAGUGCUGCUUCCUGGCGCACCGACGGGUAGUGCUGCCACCGCACCAGAAACCGGCCAGGGGGACUGUGACCCGUCCGCUCUCAACUCGGAUCCGGCCUAUCAGUUCUCCCGGCAUGCGAUCCGCUCCACCUACAUGGACAAGAGCAUCGAGGCUAAGAAGAAAGUCAUACGGAUGCUGUUCGUGAUAAUCGUCGAGUUCUUUGUUUGUUGGGCACCGCUACACAUUCUCAACACGGUAUAUCUGUACUCGCCGACCUUCGUCUACCAGUACGUGAACAGCAGCGGCAUUGCCCUGGUGCAGCUGAUGGCGUACAUCAGCUCCUGCUGCAAUCCCAUCACGUACUGCUUCAUGAACCGACGCUUCCGGCAGGCAUUCCUCGGCGUCUUCAGCUGCUACCGCAACCGCAUGGCAAUCUGCUGCUGCUUCUGCUGCGCGUCGUCGAACGGCCCGAUGGAGGGGGCGGAAUCGAAGGCGGCCGCCUAUCUGCGCCAGAACACCAUCAACCAGUCCGGCGCGGAACGGAACAACUCGGACAUGUCCGGUAACGAUUCACUGGUGUACGUCGGACGCGGGCUCGUGCAGCGUUCCGAGAUAUUGAUUCUGGAAUCCGAGGAUCGGGUUUAGCACCGGCUCCGAUCACGUGAACAGCUCCGUCUCGAUCGUGAACUCGAUCAGCAGUGCGAGAAUCGCGCAGAUCAUCGAAACCGACCCGGAUGACGAUUCGUUUCGGUUGCGUAUCACGUGGUCAAAGCCAACCUCGGCUAACUACUCAAAGACUGCAGGCGGUUGUGAUAGCGAGCGCUACUCGUAGAACGGACGGCUGCCACCAAGGGAUGGUUGGACCAGGAUUAAGGGAUGGUGACGUACUUUCAAACACACUCGACCCGCGAAGGACCAAGCAGCGCUGCAGCACAUAAUGUAAAAAAAAGGUGUGCUCAGAAACGCAUCCCACUACGGGCAAAAAAAAAAUUAAGGAGCAGGAUAAUUCUCCCCUCCACACAUACAUUGAGAAUGUUGAUUAUUCUGAACGCUCUUGAUCCUGGGUCGCAUGGAGCAAGCACACUCCAGAACUCUAUUCCCGGUAGUGCGGUAAGGUAGCCGUCUCACCUAGUCUUUUAGAUGCUGUAAUAUGAUUGAAAUGAAAUCAAUGUCUAACAUUUGCUUCCCGUUCGUGCACAUCCAGCUCGCAGCAAACUUAUCGUUCCGUUGCGUGCAGAGACAACGAAUCAAAGCAAAAAGGAAGGCAUUUGCUGACGGGCAUAGAAUGACCCGAAGUUUCUGUGUUUGUUUUUAUGUUUUUGGAAUAGCGAAUAAGGAAAGACGCGUACUUCUAGAAGGUGGCAGCGUUUGUAAGCUGCCCGGUUAAUCUAAUGUUUAAGGUUAGUAUUUUACGUUUCGAUCAAUUGCUUUUCCUUUCUUUUCCUUGACAAUGCACAGCGGUCAGACAAGUCCAUAUUCGGUCUCUGAUAGCGUACCCAUUCGGAAAAUGGUUCCGGUUAGUCGGAAAAUUGAUAAAUACUUUCGUAGAUGACUGUUGAAUCCUUCCCGAGAUACUUACCGGGCUUGUACCAUCGACUAGCGCUUCCAGGGAAACAGGUCUGGAUCUAAUAAUCUUGAUUGGAUUGUUCGCCUGUGUUUGUGUGGAUGUGCAUGUGUGCGAUCGAUAUUCGAGAAGGAAGGAUUGGACCAUUCUUCCACCCAGCGCACAUUGCAUCUGUAAUAUGGUUGAGCUGGGAAAACUUUGACCAGUUGCCAUACUCUGAUGUACUGUUCAUACCAGCCAUCUGAAAGAAGAAGAGGAUAAGAAAAAGUAGAGCAGAGAAGGCCGAUAAAAUCCCCGAUAAUCUCAUGUGGACUCUGAAAAUCCCAGUGACCAUGUGGCAGUCCCAGUGAAGGAGCGUAAUAAUGAAAGCGUGCUCAGAAGCGUAAGUGUGUAAAUGCAAACCUGAGGGAAGAAGCGAGGUGCAAGUCUAACAAGCAUUUGGGAUUAGACUCGGCAAAAGGUAACAAAAGUCCAGCUGCCACCGGUUUCGGAAGUUACGGUUUCCCCUGCCUCAAGGGACUGGCUCAUAAACGUUACGGGUUAUGGUAAUGUCACAUAUUGUUUCGUUCUUUUGCAUGACCGGUAAACAGCGAUUAAAGUGAGCAGAUAACUCGGCUAACGAGAAUGUGGGAAGAUGAAUUAAUGUUGCCUACAUUUAGGCUGCUUCUUUCAAAUCAAGAACUGUCACAAACAAACAGAAAAACGAAGAAUCGAUUGCAAAACUGCCCCUACCCAUCUGGAUGCUUGGCGCUGCGGUACUAUCUGCUUCUGCUUUCCUUUCUCCUACGCGCGUAACGCGUAACGCCCUUUUGUUUGUACUAUAUGUUUUACCGAGGAGCAGCUCCCAAAAAAGAAAAAAAAAAUCAAA